AUGCUGCUGGGGCGGGGCCAGCUGGACCCUUACCCGGACCCCGACCCAGGCGCCACCGCCCCAAACCCGGAGAAUGAUGCCGGGGGCCCCUACUACGGCCGCCUCGUCUCCCUUGCGCCCGGCGACGUGGUCGUUAUACCCGCCGGUACCGCGCAUAUGAAUGUUGAAAUGACCGACGACUACCGCUUUGUCGGGGUAUACCCUGUGGGCUCUCCGAAAUGGAAGAGCGAGCGGUGUGAUAAUCGGGACAUCAUGUCACAGCUCAGGGACGAGAUAUCACAAGUUCCGAUGCCAAUUGCCGACCCAGUCCAAGGCGAGGGCGGCCUUCUGAUCACGCUUUGGUCAAAAGUCGAUCAAUAG